UUACUACUUAAUGAUAUGACCUUGAAGGCAAUGACACGCAAAAUACAUAGAUCUUAGCAAGCAAAGUUAGCGGGAAAAGUUAAUGUCUAGCAAUCAUCAAUUACAUUCGUUCAUGGAAAUAACAAGAAGUGUCUUGGACGUGAAGUCCCGGGACGUCCAGCUGUGGCAGAUGGUCAUAACGACGCCUAUAUCUCGACCCCGGAGAAGCCUUCCGUACGCACUCCACCAUUCCUGGAACUGGAUUUUAUCUUCUCAAGCGUUCCCGAGAAAUCUGUCCGUCACAAUGACGGCUCACAAGUGUGUCAUGAUCGUUCAAUUCCGAGAAGAGGACACGCCUCAUAUGCAAUGUUUGGUUCAAUGACAUACAACAAUCAUCAUGAAUGCAUCUAGCACGGAAUAUUGCUCAAGUAUUUGUACUUUACGAUUCCCUUACUGCUUCCUCUCUGCGGCACAUCUGCUGUUUCAGUCUCCGCCCCUUGUGUCAACAUUGGUUGACAUCCAGAAUGGUUCCCGCGACGAGUUUGAUUACUCUGGCUGUUGCCUCCUGGGGCCUUGUUUAUGGAGUGACAGCUGGUGUUAUAUCCUCAGGCUGGAUGCCAACAAUAUCAGAAAUAACGACAAGGCCACGCCCUAGUUCGUCCCACUCAGGGCCCUGCUCUCCAUGCCCUUCAUUCCCCUCCUGCCCCGCCGCCACAGCAGUGACCGUCACUGUGACUGCAACGGUAUGUGUCCCGACACCCACUCCUAGUGGCGGUGGAGGUGUAACUCAACCUCUUCCUUCCCCGUCUUUUCCAGUGCCACCCGGCACACCAGGAGCUGGAACUAGUCCAACAAGUGGUAUAAGUGGUGGUCAACCAGGUCCCAGCCCCGGUCCCAGUCCCAGUCAACCAGGUCAAUUCCCAUGCCCGACCAUCCCCGUGGGGCCCGGUGGUGGAGGUUCAACAUCCGCGGGCCCGCCAGCAUCAGCCACUGUGCAUAUUCCGACUAUAUCCUCCUCGGUGAAGCCUCAAACUACCAGCGCCAUCCCACCAACCAUCUCCCCCAUCCCUCCACCGACGAGUACCCCAGUGCAACCUUCACAAACCAAGCCCAUUCCUCCGUCAAGCUCCCCAGGGAAAACUAAGCCGAUCCCACCCCCCGGCAUCCCAGGAAAAACCAAGCCGGUCCCACCAACCAGCACGCCGGUGCAACCUUCACCUAGUGUGCACCCUACUACCCAACCUGUUCCUCCCCUACCAAGUACCCCAGGAGCAACCCUACCAGUCCCACCAAGCACACCAGUUCAACCUUCACCAAGUAUGCACCCAACUACCCAACCAAUUCCUCCGUCAAACUCCCCGAAAACUAAGCCUAUGCCGCCACCAAGCACACCAGUCCAGUCUCCACCUAGUGUGCACCCAACUACGCCUCCGGUUCCUCCAUCAAGCACUCCGGAAGGAACCAAACCCGCACCACCACCAAGCAGCACACUAAUUCAACCUCCGCCCAGUGUACACCCGACUACCCAACCUGUUCCUCCACCAGGCACCCCAGGAAAAACUAAGUCACUCCCGCCACCAAGCAUACCAGCUCAACCUCCAACAAGCACCCCAGGUACAACCAAGCCGGCGCGUCCGCCAGGGACUCCAGUCCAGCCUCCACCCAGUGAGCAACCUCCAACAAGCACUCCGGAAGAGACUAAACCGGCGCCAUCAACACCAGCUCAACCCCCAACUAGUGAGCACCCAACCACCAAACCAGUUUCUCCUCCAGCCAGUUUCCCAACCCAACCACCAACAGAGACCCCAACGGAGACCCCAACUGGUUCACCUCCUGGCCCUCCGGUACCCACCGCUUCACCACCUGGCAGUGUGACACCGACCCAACUUUCAUCCUCUUCAGAGGAAGGAGUGAAGCCAACGACAACCCUACCAACUGUCCCUCCCACAGAAACUCCGGAGGAUGACCCUCCCGGUGAUGAUCCUCCCGGUGAUGACCCCCCUCCUAAAACAACCCUUGAAAAGAGGGCAUAUCCCCGUUGGCACGCAAAGAAGGGGAAGCAUUGGAAUUUCACUAAACCCGAGAUGGGUAAGCCCAAGACAACCGGGAGGCCUACUGAGCCGCACUACGAUGAGGACGACGAUGAGGAAUGAAAAAUGUAAGGUAUCGAAAAUGUAGUUGUUUUCUUCUUGAAGGUA